AUGUUUCCCCCACCACCUGCAGCCCUCGAUUGGAAGGAUAUUGGCUUCAAAGUCCGCGACGUGCACGGCCAUGUUGAAUGCCACUUCUCUCAGUCGGAAGGCGGCAAGUGGUCCGCCCCACGAUUCGUCGCCUCGCCUUUCUUGACGAUCCACGGAAUGGCACCGGGCCUGAACUACGGACAACAAGUGUACGAGGGACUGAAGGCAUUCCGGCAUGAGGGGGACAGCAAGAUCACGAUCUUUCGACCGGAGCGCAAUGCAAAGCGAAUGCAACAUUCCGCAGAGGUGGUCUCGAUUCCGCCCGUCCCCGAGAAGCUGUUCAUCGAGGCCGUCCAUUUAGCCGUAGCGGCCAAUGCCGAGUUUGUUCCGCCUCAUGAGACUGAUGCGGCCAUGUACAUCCGGCCUUUGCUGUUCGGGUCUUCUGCGCAACUGGGCUUGAGCCCGCCAGAUGGAUAUACCCUGGCGGUGUUUGUCAUGCCGACUGGCGUCUACCAUGGCGCUAGUGCCGUCGAUGCCCUCAUCUUGGAGGACUUCGAUCGAUCCGCCCCCCAUGGGACAGGUGAUGCCAAGGUUGGGGGUAACUAUGCCCCUGUUCUACGUCACAGUGAUCGCGCGCGCAAUGAAGGGUUCGGCAUCACACUCCACCUUGAUAGCGCGACAAGAAGCGAGAUUGAUGAGUUUUCCACAUCGGCUUUCAUCGGGGUUAAGGGCAGUGGCACGAAUGUUACGAUUGUGCAUCCCGAUAGUCCUAAUGCUAUUGACUCCGUCACAGCCGCAUCCGUGGGCGAAAUUGCCCGGAAGCUGGGCUUCCGCGUCGAGAAGCGACGUGUUACCUACGAUGAACUUGCUGAGUUUGACGAAAUUGUUGCAGCGGGCACAGCGGCCGCCCUGGUGCCGGUACGAAGCAUCACAAUGCGGUCCAAAGGGGCCAAAUUUGAAUACCGAUCUGGAGAAAAUAAUGAGGGCGGUGAGGUCUGUGUCAAACUACUACAGAAUCUACGCGGUAUCCAGUCGGGUAAGAAGGAAGAUGUGUUUGGUUGGAAUUUUGAAGUGCAAGCUCCUCCCAAGGGGUGGAUGGAAGACGGCAGCCACGAAAAGACGGAGUUGAGUGGAGCGAAUGUGCCUUGA